AUGAGCAUUCAAAGACGCGGUACAGUGUCUGGGGGAGGAGAUGCUCCGUCUUCGAUCACUGCCAGCAAGAAGAGUUCUGUCUUCAACAGUCGCUAUUUUGGUGUCUAUACGCCAGGUUUGAUAGGUCCCAAUGAGAAGGAGCCACCAGUUCAUGGAAACAGUAAAGUAACGGAAAAAGAGGUUUCUAGAGAAAGACCUUUCACUCCCAGACCAUCUGACAGAAUACAUGCUGCGACAUCAAUGCUGAGAGCCAAACUGUCAAGUGAUCCCAAUGCUGAUGAAGAAAUGAUACCAGCUGGCAAUGUUGUCUUUGUCUGGCCAAAACAGGACCAGCAGAAUAUUUCUGCUGAGGCUGAAAUGGAAGAUCAGGUCGGACGGGAAACAGAGUUUGCUCAGCGUAUGCGGGAACACCAAAUUAUUAACCAGAUCUACAGUGAUGGUUCUUGGGAAGAAGGAGGAACUGGCAACAUCAUCCUCAAAUCCGUGGAUGAACUCGGAUCGGUCAUCGCUGCAGCAGUCAUAAAGAAGACCAUCGCUGGCAUGCUGCACGUCAGUGAAGACUCUAUUGUUGGGGAUCCCCGCAUCUUGGAUAUCUACCCAUCCAAGGAACUCACCUGUGUAUCUGUAGAUAAACUGAACCUGUGCGUUGUGGUUGAACCAUCAAACACUGCAGGCAGUCGGAUGUCAGUAACUCCCAGUCCAAUUUCAGCAACUCCCAAUCCGACUGAUGAAACCAAUACAGAUGGCGAAGUUCCUGACAAGGAACCGGUGCACAUCAAAUGGCACAAGGCCAUCAUCAAACCCGCGGAGGAAGACCCUGAUGAGGAGUCACUCUUGGAUAGCGAUGAGGAUUUUGAGGAGAGAGAUGAACACUUUAGACGCAGGAAAGACAAAUGGCACAGCUUGACUUCUCUGAAAGGGUUUCAGGCUUUUAAGAAAUUCUUGGUUGGAACUCAGGGUGAGAAAUACUGGGAACUUUGGAUCGACAUUGACAAGGGCCGCCUUAUAUCCAGUGAAGAGGAGAAACAGAAGUACAUUCUACAAAUGAGAGACAAAUAUUACAAGAAAGGGGCGCAGUACGAACUGUCCGCAGAAAACAAGAGGAAACUAAAACUGGAGAAUUUGUCACACUGGACCCCAGAAUAUUUGUUACAGGUGCAAGCACAUGUACUGGAACCUCUUGUUCUAUACUGGGCACCCCGCUACCUGUUGAGCCACCUAAUGCACACGUCUCCUGAGAAGUAUUACCUCUACAACCAACUAAAACUGGCCACAUUUAAUCCAGUCUCAGAUCCGUACCCCCAUACACAGGAACUUCUUCCCCUCAGACCCAAGUCCUGCUGCCCAAUAAACAGACUCGGACUCGGUUUUGGGGAGAUGAAUGAUAACAUAUAUAUGACAGAUACAAAAGACAUGAGAACAAUGCCUCAAGUUGGAAACCGACGUAUAUAUAGCCAAGAUACUAUCAACCGACUGGCCAACACCCCAACUGCCAAAUAUCUCAGAAAGUUAGAAGUUAAAAAUAAACCUGCAGUUUCAGCAAAACCUCGAAUGUCUGAUUUUCCUGAGAGCAUUUUGGCUACCAAAAAAAUGUCAGUUGUGGCGUCUGCAAGGUCAUCCAAGAAUGUAGCAAGUGAAAAUUCAGGAAUGUUCUCACAGAAGAGCAGUUUGAUAAUGCCAUUGACACAGAAACGUGGGAUGUCCGCAGCAAAUGUAAGCGUUUCUUGUCCCUAUAAUUCCCUGGAUGUGUUAUUCAACACUAAGGAGGAAAAGCUGGCGAAAACAUCGAAGAGCACCCUGCCCCCUCUGGUAAAAGUUGGGGAUUCCAAGGGAGAUAAAUGCAAACCAAUCAAGUUAGCACCCAUGAAAAAAUCUGACAGUGAGGGCACUACUAACUAUACUUUCUACCGCCAAGACUCCAAGGAAACCAGUAAAAGUUGCCAGAUGUACCAAGACUCUCUUACACAGAGUCAGAUAGCAGCACAAGAUACUGAGGGCUUGGAGUGUGAGUUCCUGAGCAGUAAACGCUUGGAGAUGCUGCUACAGGCUCUGCACCAUGAGCAGAACUCCGGUCGGCCAUUUAGAAAAUUUAUUGUGAAAAGUGACAGAGAGGACUGGCUAAACUGUCUUGACUUCUGGGAGAAGGUUCAAGUCUAUAGGAGGCUGUUUUAUAAAGAUAAACUAGACCUGCAUCUGAUUACCAAACAUGCCAGGUCAAUAUUUGCCCAGUGCAUUGUUGAAGGUGCACCGCAGAGCAUCAACGUCUCAGAGCAAGUCAAACUGUUCAUCCUGGACAACCUGAAUCCUCCGUAUGAAGAUCUGUUUGACCGAGCCGAAGAAGAGGCCCUGAUAAUGCUUUUUGAAGCUUUUAAGUUAUACAUGGAGGAGGACGUCAUGAGUUAUUGUGAGGUGGAGCGUACUCUCAAAGAGUGCCGCCUGGAAACCAGGAACACCAACAUUCUCAACCUGCAGAAACUAGGACUCAUAAAGGAAAGACCGCUUACACCGGAUGACCCUAUGGAGGGUUAUAUUGAUCCAGUGUAUGACGAUUCUAUCCUGCAAAGGGUCCCUGAACAAUUCGCAAACUGGAACAUGGCCAAGCUGGCACAGAACAAGCUAGAACUUGAGUACUUCCGGCAGUUUCUUAUACCGAGAUGUGCUGAAAUUGAUCUCAAGUGUUGGAUGGAUAUGGAGGCCUGGAGGAGGACAGCACCGGAUGACAGUGCCCUUCGAGACCAGAGGGCCAUCGAAAUUAAAAAGAAUUACCUGAACAAGAAGUAUUUCUUUGGGCCAAAUAGUCCUGCCGGAAAGGAUGGACAAAAUAAGGUGAUGGAAGUCGGUGGUGGAUGGGGCAAAUUUCUAGAAGAUAAGCCUCAUUUUAACAGCAUACUAAAAGCUCAAAAGUAUGUUAGAGCUCGAUUGGAGAACAAACACCUGCCCCUUUUUCUAAUCUCAAGGGACUUUCAGGAGCGGCAUCUCAUUGACUCCAGCAUAAUCUCGGAUGAUGAUGAUAUGGCUGCAAUUAAUCAAAGACUUUCAUUUAAUAUGAUAAAAGUGAUUAAUGAAGGUGAAGAGGCAUUUGAAUCUGUGAUUGAGAAGAAGGAUAAGCUGUUUGUUGAUCUGAAUUAUUGGUCAUCGGAAGGGCAAGAUCGAUUGAGCAUACCUUAUUCCGAUAGCGAUGCAGAUUCCUCACGAGCUUCUUAUGCCAGAUCUGUGCACUUAGGGAGUAGAUGGGCUUUGUGGAUCAGAGAGGUGUUCCUGCUACAACGAGCUUUGAAGAACCCGACUUCCUGUUCACAGUUUAAGAAGUUUGUGUCCUUGUCCGGAGGAUUUCUGGAGAAUGACAUUUUGUUUUGGUUAGAGGUGCAGAAGUAUAAGUUGAUGCAUAAAAAGAAAAAGGGGGAGACUACAGUGCAACGGAAGAUCAAUGCCAUUAUAAAUUGCUUUAUUAACUCAUAUUUACCACCAAAUCUUCAAAUUGAUAUCUCUCAAGAUAUGGCAGACGACAUCAUGGAGCACAAAUAUGAAAUGAAACCUACUUUGUUCCAGAGAGCCCAGCUGACAGUUUUCCGAGGCCUCCUACCACACUGGGUUGCAUUCAAAGAAUACCACAAGAGACUUCUCCUCGCUGACCAGGUCUUGCCGACCUUGGAUCGGCACCGCGCUGUGGCCCUGGACAAAGAGCAGAAGCACCGAGAAAAGCUGGCGCAGGAAAGAGAAGUUGAGCGACAAGUUCGUACACAUGCCGCAUUCCAGGCAGAACAUGAGGAAGGAUUACUUAAAGAAGAUGGCACAUAUCCCUACGCUGACUUUCUGGCUAAACAAGGAAUUAUCACAGACGAUCAAAUACUGGCUUCGGUCGUUGCUAGAGAAACUCAGACUGUGCG